AAUCAUACAAAAUGCAAAUUUUCAUCAAGACAUUGAUUGGACCAUGCUUUGCAAUUCCAUGUGAUGAAGCAGAUACUAUUCACAUGAUCAAAGAAAAAAUGGAGAAGAAUUAUGAGGAGGGUAUGCCACCAGAUCAAAUGAGACUACUUUGGGGCGGUAAGCAAUUGGAAGAUGAUAGAUCACUCAAGGACUACGGAAUUCAGCACAACACCACAUUACAUGUUGUCUUGCGUCUCCGAGGCGGCAACUAAAUCAACUGCCAAUUUAUCAUCACAAAAAAAAAGUUUUUUUUCUUUCUUGGCUUUAUUACAAAAAAUUUUUUAUUCAACCACCAAAUCGUAACCUUUAAGUUCCUCUGCCUUUUGUUACUUAUUUUAAAAACAAAGACGCUCAGAUCAAAUACAUGAAUUAUA